UUGAUAAGUGGAAAAAGUGUCAAACCUUGGACGAAACUUUGGUAGUCUCCCACAAGCCUGAAACGAUGGUCGGCGAGGAGGGAGGAGGCGGAGGACAUGAAGGAAGACGGUUCUUCGUGGCUGUUCACGUCGGCGCUGGGUACCACGCGCAGGCAAACGAGAAAGCUCUUAGAUCCGCCAUGAGACGAGCUUGCCUCGCCGCUUCCUCCAUUCUUCGCCAGGUCUCUGGUGGGUGCAUAGAUGCUGUUUCGGCCGCCAUUGAAGUCCUGGAGGAUGAUCCGAGCACGAAUGCUGGUAGAGGCUCCAAUCUUACAGAAGAUGGUCGUGUAGAAUGUGACGCUAGUGCUAUGGAUGGCACUUCAGGUGUAUUUGGAGGCAUUGGAGCUGUUCCAGGUGUCAGGAAUGCCAUCAAGAUAGCUGCUUUGUUGGUGAAAGAGCAGAUGAUGGGGUCUUUGUUGUUAGGCCGCAUACCUCCAAUGUUCUUGGUUGGGGAAGGUGCCCGGCUAUGGGCCAUGUCCAAAGGUGUUGCUUCGUCAGAUACUGUAUCAGAGGCUGAUCAGUGGCUAUUGACAGAGAGAGCAAGAACACAGUGGCAAAGGUUUAGGACAAUGCUUGCAGAUGCAGAGACAGAAAGGAACCUUUCUGCUGGAGGACAGCCCAGCAAAACCGUGGAUGAUGGAGUGUGUGAUCAGACAUCCAUAUGUUGUACAGUAGAUGAGGACAAGAUCAUGGACACUGUUGGCGUUAUUUGUGUUGACAGUGAAGGACACAUAGCUUGUGGUUGCUCAAGUGGCGGAAUUGCAAUGAAGGUGGUUAGUGGCCGUGUGGGUUUAGCAGCAACAUAUGGCUCUGGCUGCUGGGCAUCCUCAAAAGGGCCAUUCGGAGCUCCCUUUAUAGUUGGAUGUUGUGUGUCUGGCUCUGGAGAGUAUCUCAUGAGAGGAUUUGCUGCUCGGGAAUGCUGUACCUCAUUAUCGCUUUCACAAGCUGGUCCUGCAUCUGCCGCCAUGAAGGUUUUACGUUCUGUGAUGCAACAAGAUUCAGAGGAUGGUGGUGUUAACAGAACUGCUGGGUUUCUAGUUGUUCAAGCAGAUGCUCCUGUGGCUGCCCUGGGGAAUGUAUCGGAACUGAGAUCAGUGGAGAUAGCUGCUGCUUAUUCGUCACCAUCUUUUGGUGUGGGAUACUAUGGGAGUUCUAUAGAGAAGCCAAAGGUUUCGAUUCUUAGGAAGAAGAGAGAGAAGGGUGAAGCUAUGAUAGAACAUUUUGAAGCCCGGAUUGAUCUGUGCUCGAACCAGUGCUGAACGACAUCGGUGUUUCCUGAAUGGCUUUUUUUCACAAAGAGAGAAAAGUAGUGAUAAAUUUCUUUUCUGAAUCACAAUGGGGUAAGUAGGAAUCGUACCAGAUAGACGAGAUGGUGACACCGCCGAUGGCCAAACGAGUUUGAGUCGUUCCAGACUUAAAAAAGUCAGUAUUGAAACGCUGC